AAGCGCCAAACGCGCGCUCAGUUCGUGUCGAGCCGCUCAGCGGUACAGUGUUUACACAUCGGUCUCCACCCCGUUCCGUGUCGUGUGUUGCUGUCCAGACAAAAAACAACGUGCCCAACGGAGUGUGUAACGGUGCUCGAGUCGGGGCCGGAGUCGAAAAACGGGCAACGGCUUAUUGUUUCCACUGCUUGAUUCACCGGGAAGCAGUCGGUCAAGUGGAUCCAGGGCGGGUGUAAUUAUUCGCAAGACACUCGCACAAACGAAUUAAAGUCGAAUCAGUUUGCACUGGUGUGAGUGAGAGGUGAAUUUUGCGCUCGAAACGAUCAAACGAUCUGCCCAACAUCAUGACGUCCACCGGAGAGAAAGACACAUCAGCGGUGGAAAUAAACAUCGAAGAGAGCGCCGGCAGCGACAUGCCAGAUGCUGGCCGCACCACUGCCAACCCAGCGCACACCCUUGCCGCACGCCCCAACGGUCGCAAUCGUAGCCGGUCGAACAGUCGUUCACCAUCUCGCCGAGCAAAGCGUGACACAGAGAAGGCUCGUACCGAUGCGAUUCCCCUUCUGCCCAUACCUAACGAAUCGAAUCUUCCUCGGCAGGAACCGCCAAUGGCUGGGCCCGAGCUGGACGACGACGACGACGAGCUGGACGAUGGGGUGGAUCUGGACGAUCCCAAGAGCAACCGGGGCAUCGACAGCGGCUUCCUCGACCCGGUCGACAAUGGGUCCGUCGAUACGGGUGUGUCGCGGGCGGGACGACGCGGCGGUCGUCGCAAUCAGGCACCGGCCGGGCCAACGUAUCGCCCAGGGUUUGCACCGACAUUCGAUGCCGAUGGGACACGUGUUGUUCAAACAACGGCCACCGGGCAGGUCAUACCGGACGUGAAUGUGUACCAGCAGAAGAAGAACCUUGCGCAGGGCAUGAUGGAUCUGGCGCUACUGUCCGCCAACGCCAAUCAGCUCCGGUACGUGCUGGAGUCGUACAGCCGCCAUCCGUACUUCUACGUCAAUCUGGUGUUCAUCUCGACCAGCAUCAUUGCGCAGGUGGCGGUCGGCAUUGGGCUGAUCUGGAAGAGCCGGUACGACAUCAAGAAGGAGAACGAUUUUUGUAAAGCCGAUCGGAUCAACAAUCUCAUCACGAUCGGCAUCUUCAUCAUUACGCUCGUGAACGUGCUGAUAUCGGCGUUUGGUGUUGCCGAGACGCAGCCGGUCGUGUGACGGCACUGCGCUGUUUUGGGAGUUUGUGUAAUUUAAACUAUGUUGUCAGUAUCAUCUAGAGUAGCAUUUAGGUUAGGAUGUGAUAGGAGCAAAUAGUGGAGUUGCGACGAUUUCGAUCUAAAUAACUUAACCAUGGUCCAUUGGUUGUUUUAAUCAAAAUUAAAUGAUAUAUUUUAUGAACCUUUUUUAGUGAAAAGUUAUUACUGUAAAUUGAUUAUCAGUAAUGUUACUAACGAUAGGCAUUUUCGUGAACACUACCACUAAAAAAGAUAUUAACAUUCUUAAUAUAUCAUUCAUUCACUGCGUGUGUUCGUUGACCUUAGAGUUCGUUUUUGCACCCACCACAAACCACUGCGGGCGUUUCAAAUGUAAAGAGAGAAGAACAAUUGAUCAAACAGCUGUAUAAACAAUAAAGUGAAAAAUGAUAAAAACAUUCCUCAGUAAA